UCACCCAAAGCAGGCGCAGCCGCUGGACAAGAGUCGCUCUCGUUUCUCCAUUCUUCUGUGGCGGAGGAAGCGAAAGCAACAACAGCAAGUCAUUAGUAUUCUCGUUUUGUUCCUUUUUUUUCUUCUGACACACGGUUCCUACCGCGUUUUCUAUUUUGUUUUGCGAGUUAACGUCCAGCAAGAGGCGCUGGUUAGCCGCUCCGCUCUCCGUGAACCUGCCCUCCGUCUCUCCCACUCUCCCCCGCGGUGUUAGCUAGCUAACCGACCCAGGCGACAGUGUAAACUCUGUCCCCCUCCACCCGCGCGCCAACAUGCCGGAGUACCUGGACGACCCGUCUGUGCUCACCAAGGACAAGCUGAAGAGCGAGCUGCUGGCCCACAACGUGGAGUUGCCGAGCGGCAACCCGACUAAGGACGUGUAUGUGCAGCUUUACCUCAAGAACCUGACCGCUCACAACAAGAAACAUGCCCCGGCCGCGACGCUGGACGCCUUCUCCAGCGACGAGGAGCUGCCGCCGCCCGUCGUCUCCAGCAGAAGUCGUUCCUCCGGCAGGAAAGCCACCAGGAAAACAGACAAGAUUCUGCCCGACGAGCUGGAUGUGACCCUACUAAGCGACGAGGGCCUCAAGGACGAGCUGCUCAAGCACGGCGUGGACGCGGGGCCCAUCGUGGCCUCCACCCGUAAACUGUAUGAGAAGAAGCUGCAGCGGCUGCUGGAUGACGGUCCUGCUCAGCUGCCGCAGCCCAAGCUGGUUCUCACAGAGAUACAAGUCAACCACAACCACAACGGCAACUCCGAAUCGGACCUGUACAGCGACAAGGAGGACGAAGUGGCAGCCCCACCAGAAGAACCAGAACCGGAACCAGAACCUGAACCAGCUCCGGUGGUGGAGAGACCAGUGAGGAGCCGAGGGAAGACGCCCGUCACCACCCGCACCCGCAGCAGCCAGCACCACACGGUGGAGAAAAUUGCAGCCAGCGAGCAACCCCCGAAAGUGGAGGCGACUGACAUCCUGAAGGAGCUGUUACCAAAUGACAUCAACAGUCCAACAGGAAUCACCGCCACCUGUCGACGACCAAUCAGAGGAGCCGCCGGUCGCCCAGUGAAGUCCAGCGACCUGUGGAACGAUGAAAACUGCCUCUUCCCUCCAAAAACCACCAAGAAAACCAGCUCCUCCUCCUCCUACACAGAGAGCCGCACCAUCAACAGAGUAACCAGGCUGCCCCCCUCCGCCUCUUCUACCUCCUCUUUCUCCUCCUCCUCCUCCUCCUCCUCCUCCUCCUCCUCCUCCAGGCUUCUGUCUGCAGCGCCCCCUGCAGCACAGACCAAAGCUGCACCUCGCGGCUUGUCUCUGUGGAUAAAGCUGUUCCUGCUGGCCGUUGUGGCUGUUUUCCUGUUCCUGGUCUACCAAGCCAUGGAGACCAACACCAUCAGCCCGUUUGGACCCUCAGACACAGCAGUGGCCAGUGACAGCGCAGCGUAGAGAGCGCACAGAGUCUGAGGGGGAAAAAAAGAAGCCUGUCUGCUUCUGUUUUUUAAUUUUUUUUCAAGUGUGAAUCUGCAUUGUAGCCAUUUUGUUCCAGGGCGCUGUGAAAUAACGACAUCUUCGCCCCUUUUUUUUCCUCAAGAUUUUCUUCUUUUUUUUCCUUUAAUUCCUGAAUCAGUUUCCAGUGAAUACCUUGAGAGAAGCGACAGCUGUCUCAUUGACACUCUGAGGUCUCCGUGACAUUGUAGUGAAAGGACAGUGCGUCCCGUGCUGUCAGUCUGUCAGGUUACAACAAAGCCAGCCACACAGUAGCUUCCAUAGAAAUAUGUGAACUCAUGUUUUAUUGCCAUUUUUUUUCAAUGUCAUACUUGCAUGGUGCGUGUGUGAGUGAGUGAGUGAGUGUGUGUGUGCGUUUGUAAUGAAUGUGUGACUGAGAUUUUUUUAAUUUUAUUUCACAUUUUGCCUUAGUGUCUGUCUGUUGGUCAUUAACAGCCUUGAAGAUGGAGUUUGAAGCUGUAUUUUUGUUUUGUACCUUAUUGACCAUCUUUGUUAAUGAGACAGGGAGGCUUGUUAUUAUAAUCCAAAUACUGCUAAAUAUUCCUAAACCCAAAAACCAAUAUUUUCUUAAUGUUCUCUUCUAAUAAACUGAAUGUCCCUAUGUAUUCUACUUAAUUAUGUAUUCACUGUCACAAAUAUUGAAUAUCCACUCAAUAAACUAU